GAGGAGCGGGGAGGGAGAGAUAGAGCGCGAUAAAGAGAGAGAGCGGGCGAGGAUGCGAGGGAUGCCGGAGCAGCCCUCCGGAGCCGUGAGAGAGAACGCAGGGAGAACUCGCUCUCGCCGCGCGGCGCGCACGGACCCCGGGAGACGGACCCGAGCGCGGAGGAAUUCGCGCCGCAGCCCCGAAAGUGGAUUUAAAGACCAGCCGAGAGAUUUCCACAUUUUUGCAUUACGUGCAGUCUUCUCUUCUUAAGAAACUACGCUCUUGCUUGGGGAUAUAUUGCCAACAAACCGUCUUAAAGCGGAAUAUUUUUUUUGACUUCGCCGCCUCCCCUCAAAUUGGAAAGCGACAACUAGGACAGGCGGAGUACCUGGGGGGUUUCUGGGGUGUGUGCGCGCAGUUGUGCUCUGGGGGGGUGGGGUGGGAAUGGGAGACGGGGAUCCUGUCCUGGGUGCUGGAGUGCAUUAGCGGCAGAACCGGAGUCCCCGGAGGGACCUCUCCGUCUCGUGCGCCCGUCCCGCCGGCACGCGCCCGUGUGUGGGAGAGCGAGACCCGGCGGAGGGCGCGAGCGAUGGCUCGCUGUGCGGCGGCGGUGUGCUUCCUCGUGCUCACCUGGGCGGAAUCCCACCUGGCGCUCGCGAACAGGCACGCCGUGCACUGGAACAGCUCCAACGCGCACCUGCGACGGGAGGGCUACACCGUGCAGGUGAACGUGAACGACUACCUGGACAUCUACUGCCCGCACUACAACGGCUCGUCCCCGGAGCGGCACGCGGAGCAGUACGUGCUGUACAUGGUGAGCCGGGAGGGCUACCGCACCUGCGACCCUGCGCUGGGCUUCAAGCGCUGGGAGUGCAACCGGCCCCACGCGCCCCACGCGCCCAUCAAGUUCUCCGAGAAGUUCCAGCGCUACAGCGCCUUCUCGCUGGGGUACGAGUUCCACGUGGGACACGAGUACUACUACAUCUCGACGCCCACGCACCACCAUGGCCGCACCUGCCUGAGGAUGAAGGUGUACGUCUGCUGCUCCACCAGUGAGUCUAUGGGGUCGGGCCUGUUUUUGCUCUGGGAUGGGGAGGGAGGGGCGCGGCAGAGAGGCUUCGGAGCCGAGAUUGGAAGUCAGUGGGCCGCCGGCAGGCAGUAA